AGACAGCAGUCGCUCGACCGAAUUGGGGCAUCCCUACGCGAACGCUGGCGACUCCUCCUGAACCAAAACAAUCCAGAUCCUCCGUCGUCAGCUCUCCGAUCCACCCUGAAGGUCAUCCUGUGUUUGGAAACUGUCAUUGUAGAUUUAAAAUAUGGGUAACCACGCUUCCAUAGGUGAACGGAGAGAUCGUCAUAAAUCAGGAGACCAAUUUACUCCUUAUUCUCCUGGAAGAAUUGAUGGCCAGGCAUUUACAUUUGAUAAACAUAAGGCCAACAAACUACACCAACAGCCAUCAGAGGAGGAACAGGAACCUGUUGUUUUGAAAAAAUCAACCUCUGAUGGCAAAGACAGUGAAGAGCAUGUGCCUAUUAGACCUCGGGCUGUUAUUACACAGGGAAAUAAGAAAAUGUUACCCUUUGUGAUUAAAUGGAGUGGAGGAGGCCAAGCUGUGGCUAUUGCUGGCACAUUUAAUCAAUGGCAGAGUAUUCCUAUGGUGAAAAGUGAAAAAGACUUUGUUGCCAUUGUGGACCUCCCAGAAGGACAUCAUGAAUAUAAAUUUCUUGUUGAUGGUGAAUGGAAGUAUAAUGAAAAUGAGGCUGCUUGUGAUAAUAACAUUGGCUCAUUGAACAAUGUUAUCACUAUCAAGGAGAGUGAUUUUGAAGAAUUUGAAAAUGCACUUCUCCGAGAUCCAAAUGAUAAGAAUGACAAAACUUAUGGUGUUCAGGCUCUGAACAAAGAAAAAGGUGAAGUAGAAAAGAAGGAUGAAUACAGUCAGGAAAUCCCUGAGUACCACCAGUGGGAGAAGGUUCGAGGACCCCCUGUCUUACCCCCACACCUUCUGCAGGUCAUACUCAAUAAGGAUACACCAAUCUCGUGUGAACCAACACUACUUCCUGAACCUAACCAUGUAAUGCUCAACCACAUGUAUGCUCUGAGCAUCCGUGAUGGCAUGAUGGUUCUUUCAACAUCAAUUCGUUUCCGCAAGAAGUGUGUAACCACUCUCAUCUACAGACCUAUUGAGUAAUCAUCAACCUUGCAAAGCUGAAUAUUUGUUCACACAGUUUAAAUUUCCCAAGGAAACAUAUUCUUAUAGUUGCUAGGAUUAUACUCAUAAAUUUGAAGCACAAAUAUUUUCUGAACUGAUUUUUUGUUUUAACAUUUAAUAUACUGAAUCACUGACAGAGGGACUGGCAGAAGGCAAGCAAUGCUUACCUUAACAGGACUGUAAAUCUUACUGAAAUGUUUUUCCAAAUAAAAUGGAUAGAAUGUGAGUAGAUUAAUGCACCUUUUUCUUCUUACUCGGUAAUAGAUUGAUCAAUCAUAACUACAUAGAUUUUCUAGUAAGAAUUUACACCAGUUGUUUGACUUCUUGAAUAUAGGUUUAUGAAAUUUAAUAUAAUAAAAAAAAAAAUGACUAGUGAAUUUGGAACAUGAAUAUUAAAUUAUGAAAUAUAUGACUAAUACUCUAGAAAUUUAAGUUAACUAAGGAACAACACCAGUUGAAGGUAAUAUAAUAAAUUUUCCAUUGGUCAAUUUGUUCAUAUUCUGAAUAAAUGAUAUGGUAGAACUUUCCCAUGUAUAGUAAUAUGCAGCAACCACUUUGUAUUUGUUGAUAUUUGCACCUUAAAUUGAUUUUGUUUGUGUUUAUUUGUAAAUAAUAUAUUUAGAAUGUUAUACAUCAUAUAUUUAUUUUAAUUUAGCAGAAACAGGACAGGUCUUUAAAUUGAAACAAAUAUUUUUCAUUAUUUUAAAAAUGAUAUUAUUUAAAAAUAAAGUGUAACCUAUGUAUUAACAGAAUAAUUGUAGCAAUUUAUGGUGAAAUAUAAAAUUUAGAAAAAAAAAACUAGAUGGAAAUUUUAGUAAUUGCAAUCUGUACUAAGUGAUUUCCUUGUAGAUCACUAUAAUGUAGAUAUAACUUGCCUAUUUUGAAUACAUUUACAACUUCAUUCUUGUUUUAAUACAGAUACCUAAUAGCUAGAGAACUAAAAUAUCAACACAUCUACAGCUAAAUAUCAUGUCACGAAAAUUUAUUUUUUUUUAGAUUAACCUAAUGCUGACACGAAGCCUCUCACCGGGUGAUUCACAGUGGCCUGGACCCACUGCGGGGGAUAGUGUUGUCACCAUAGCGUGUGCAACAUGACAUACAUGCCCUGGAAAAUGCGACCGGUGCACCAUGUCAUGUAUGCACAUGCUACCUAGAAUAUAGUCCAGGCAUACCUUGGCAUGUAUGUACAUGCCACCUGGUGGCAAUAGGUUAAAAGAUUUAUACAGAUAUUGUAAAGCAGUAUUCUUGACACACACACACACACACACACACACACACACACACACACACACACACACACACACACACACACACACACACACACACACACACACACACACA